AUGACAUUGACAGCGGUUUUAAACCGGUUAUAUAAGCCUUGCAGCAAGAAGCAAAGAGAGGAUCGAGCCAACAAAUUAAGCACUGAUCUGACAGUGCAGAGACAUGCAGCACAAAUAGAGUACUACUGCAGAGACAUGAACUGCCUUGCCCUGCUUGUCAUGCUGUGCCUCGGCGCCGCCGUACCGGCGAGGGGCCAGCUGACAGACGACUUCUACGACGACUGCUGCCCUCAGGCGGACGGCAUCGUCCGGGCGCGCGUGUCCGCCGCGAUGAAGGCCGAGGCGAGGAUGGGCGCCUCCCUGCUCAGGCUCCACUUCCACGACUGCUUCGUCAACGGUUGCGACGGGUCGAUCCUGCUGGACGGGAGCAACAGCGAGAAGCUGGCGGCCCCGAACCUGAACUCAGCGAGGGGGUUCGAGGUCGUCGACGCGAUCAAGGCCGAUCUCGAGAAUGCGUGCCCCGGGGUCGUGUCCUGCGCCGACAUCCUUGCCCUCGCAGCUAAAUACGGAGUGCAGCUGAGUGGAGGGCCAGACUACGAUGUUCUUCUGGGAAGGAGGGACGGUCUGGUGGCGAAUCAGUCCGGAGCUGACAGUAACUUGCCUCAGCCAAUCGAUCGGAUCAACGAAAUCAUAAAGAAGUUCAAGGAUGUGGGUCUGAAUACAACCGACGUGGUCGUUUUAUCAGGAGGCCACACUAUCGGACGAGCGCGGUGCGUGCUGUUCAGGAGCCGUCUGUCCAACUUCUCGGCGACGAGCUCGGUCGACCCGACGCUGGACCCGUCCCUGGCGUCCAGUCUGCAGACCCUUUGCCGCGGCGGGGACGGCAACCAGACGGCGGCGCUGGACAACGGCUCCGCCGACGCGUUCGACAACCACUACUUCCAGAACCUGCUCAGCCAGAGGGGCCUCCUCUCUUCCGACCAGGGCCUCUUCUCCAGCCCCGACGGCGUCGCCGCCACCAAGGCGCUCGUGCAGGCCUACAGUGCCAACAGCGAGCGCUUCUUCUGCGACUUCGGCAGGUCCAUGGUCAAGAUGGGCAACAUCAGCCCGGUCACCGGCUCCGCCGGCCAGAUCCGCAAGAACUGCAGGGCCGUCAACUGAGCAACCUGCUUGCGUAUCACUACGCAUUUGGCAUGGCCUCGAAAGUUGAAUCGUGCGCUGGGUUGAAUUAUGUACGUACCAUGUAUGAGCUUGCUUCGUUUGGCUUAAGCUAGGGUCCAUCACCAAUAAUAGUACAGGAGAACAAUGUACUGAAUCGGACGGAUGAGUGGUAGUAGCAAUCAGCCUCUCUGCCACAAACCAUGCAAAAGAAUGGAGGAAUCUGUAACUGCCGCUGCAAUUUGAUCAAUGAUUAGUAGGUGCGUGCAGUCGCCAAUGUUCCCUUGAACAAGCAAGAAAAAAAAAAUGUUAACGAGUCCUUUGUGAGAAA